AUGGAUCACGAUGGCGGAGCCACGCUGGAGGUGGAUGAUAAGAGCGCAUGGGCCAGUGUAGAUGGCGGCAUGGACGAUCCUGAAGAGAUUCGGGUCAUCUUCUGUGCCUUGGAUUCGUUUGCCCAAUAUGCCAAAGUUGCCCACUUCAACGUCACUCAUCUUCGCCGCCGGUCCUUCUAUGCCCUCCCUCAGGCUCACUGGAAGCUACUCGCAGCGCCUCCCUUCAACUUCCUCGACACUCUGGAGAAAGUCGAUGAUGCUAUCGACAGCAAUGCCGACCUGGCUCGGUCCAUUCUGAAAUCGGGACUGGCUUCGUUUAAUGCUCUUCCUCCCAACUUCUCAGAGUCGGAUCAACCUGUCAUGCCGCAUGAGUGGGCUGGAAUAGCCAAACAUGCCGACAUUGACAAGGCAAGGAGCACUCUUCGCCAAUUUUACCGGGACUGGUCCGCAGCUGGUGCGGAGGAAAGGGCAGUAUCAUACGGACCUGUGAUGAAAGCCCUUGAUCAAGAGAGGGCCAAGACGUCGCAAGACAGCCGUUUGAAAGUGCUUGUCCCCGGAGCGGGUCUAGGAAGACUAGUCUUUGAACUAUGUCGAGACGGCUAUGACACCGAAGGAAAUGAAAUAUCCUAUCACCAGCUACUAGCGUCAUCGUAUAUUCUCAAUGAGUGCCACAGCGCUGGACAGCACACCCUCUACCCUUGGAUCCACACAUUUUCCAAUCACACAAGCCGAGAGAAUCACCUGCGAAGCUACCCCGUGCCAGACAUUCACCCUGGCACCACCCUGCUCGACGCUUCCAACAUUGGCUCCAUGUCUAUGUGUGCCGCAGACUUCCUUUGCCUCUACGGCGAUGAUGAACACGAAGAAUCCUACGAUGCCGUCGCCAGUGUGUUUUUCCUCGACACGGCACCCAAUCUCAUUCGAUACCUCGAGGUCAUCUACCACUGCCUUCGCCCAGGCGGCGUCCUCAUCAACGUUGGUCCCUUACUGUGGCACUUUGAAAACGACGCGCCAGGCAAUCAUGGCCACGAUGAUGACGGUGACGGCGAACAUGACCUUAACAACUCAUCUGGCAUUGCCGACCCUGGGAGCUUUGAGUUGACCAACGAUGAGGUCAUGGCGCUGGUGGAGAAGUUGGGAUUUGUAGUAGAGACGAUGGAGACGGGCGUCAGGGCGCCGUACAUUCAAGACAUGGAUAGCAUGUUGCAUAUGGUAUAUAAUGCGACGACCUGGGUAGCUCGCAAGCCGCUGGUGAAGAACGAAACUAGAGAAACGACGGUAUGA